UUCUGAGAUAUGCUCUCGAGACAAACACCAAAUACUCAAACCCCAAAUCCAAAUCCGACUCCAAAUCCUCUCUCUCUCUACAAUCUCUCUCUAAAUUUCUCUCUCUCUCUCUACAAUCUCUCUCUUCAUUUUGGCUUUCUGGGCAGGAUUUUUUCCAAGUUUUUUCUGAGUUUUCCAUCUGAGUUUUAUCGGAUUACAACAAAAAACCUCCUCUUUCCUUCCCCCAUGGAAGCUUUCUCAAUAAAAAUCAAAUCUUGAACCUCCCCCAUUAGAGAUCCAAAACACCCACCUUUUUUUUUUGGCUUCUCCAAUUCAAUAUCCAACUUUUUUUCUCUCUUUCUUUCUUUAAUUUUCUUUUCACUUUCUUCAUCAUCAAGCUGCAAGAAUUAAGCAGAAGGAAAAAAAAAAAAAGCUGCUAUAAGUUUUGCUAAAGUAAUAACAACAACAACAAGAAGAAGAAAAAAAAGAUGCCCUUAGAAGGGAUUUUUAUUGAACCCUCUUCAACCCCACUUCCUGAUCUCUCUCUUCAAAUCAGCCCUCCAAAUGCUUCUUCUUCUUCUUCAAAUUCUUCAAAUUCCAAUUCCUCUUCUUCAAUUCGUAAUUUCGAUUUUUUUAUCCAAAAAAAUUCCCAAAUUUUUAAUUCUUCCUCCGCCCCUCAGCCAGCCCACACUGAGCUCUCCCUCGGCCGGAAUAAUCUCCUCGCCGCUGCAGCUCCGCCCCCGAAUCUUCGCGGGGUUUCGGCCUUUGAUGCAGCAUCCGACGGCUUGCGGCCCAUCAAAGGGAUUCCGGUGUAUCACAACCGUCCAUUUCCAUUUUUGGCCUUGGAUCAUCACCAGAAGAUUUUAGAUCACCACCACCACCAUCAUCACCAUCAUUCGUCUCCAUGCUUCUAUCCAAUGGCGGCUGCAAGUAAUUCUUACCAUCCCAAUUUGGAAGCCAUGGCAGUGCUGAACUCGAGCUCUAACAAUGGGAGCCUUCCUAAUUUGUAUAGAUCAGCCCCCUCCACAAGGUUCAACAAUGGCGUUGGAGGAGCUAAUUCUGAUGGGAUGAUGAUGAGAUCCAGAUUCCUGCAGAAGAUUCCAGCGAAGCGGAGCAUGAGGGCGCCAAGAAUGCGGUGGACGAGCUCGCUGCACGCCCGGUUUGUGCACGCCGUCGAACACCUCGGCGGCCAUGAAAGAGCAACACCAAAGUCAGUUCUUGAGCUGAUGGAUGUUAAGGAUCUAACACUGGCUCAUGUCAAGAGCCAUUUACAGAUGUAUCGGACUGUUAAGACCACUGACAAGCCUGCAGCUUCCUCAGGUCAAUCGGAUGGUUCGGGAGAGGACGAUGUAUCUCCUACGAUGGGGGCGGGCGGAGGAGAGCAUGGCGCUAGGCAGUUUUCCGAUCAAAGAGCUCCGGCGGAUCCGGGCGGCCAGGCGUCCCCGGAUUUGGAAUUUGGUUCCUCCACUCUUUGGUCUAAUUCUUCAAGAGAUGUGUGGCCACAAACAAACUCCAAUGAAAUGGAUGUCAUUAGACCAACUUCUUCAACCCAAAUGCAGCAAAAAUCCAUGCACCAAAUUGAGGAAUGUGAUUCAGGUGCAAUGAAGAGAUACAGUUCAGAAUGCAAAAAACCAAGCUUGGAAUUGGAGUUCAGGUUAGGCAGAGCAGAGUGGGAUGUCAAAGAACGCCAUUGAUAUUUAAAUUUGGUCCCUCUCCUAUCAAAGCUCUUUUUUUUUCCUUCUUUUUUUCUUUUUUUCUUUAUCUUUUGCAUUUGUAGACUGAGUUAUUGCUAAUCUUGGCAAGUGGAUUAUAGAGAGAUAAAAUGAAGAGGUUUUUUGUGUGGGGAAGAAGAAGAAAGAAGAAAAUAUAUAGUCAUUAGUUUAAUC